GAGAAAGAAAGAGAGAAAGAGAGAAAGAAACUUAUGAUCGUGGUGUGGGGAGAAUGGGACGGGACAUGGGAAGAAAUUUCAUCUGUGAUAUUUUAUUUGCUUUAUGGGGGGAGAGUUCUCAGAUUUGCAAAAUACUAACAGUUCAUGGGCUCGAUGACAGAUUUCUGCCACUGAACUCUGAGGCACAGAAUGAUUCGGGAAGUAGCUGUUUUGCUCAGCGUGGUCCUGGGGAUCGGUGCUGUCCCCGUGGAUGACCCCGAGGAUGGGGGCAAGCACUGGGUGGUGAUUGUCGCGGGUUCAAACGGCUGGUAUAAUUAUAGGCACCAGGCGGAUGCAUGCCACGCCUACCAGAUUGUUCACCGGAACGGGAUUCCUGAUGAACAGAUCAUUGUGAUGAUGUAUGAUGACAUAGCCAAUUCUGAAGACAACCCCACGCCAGGAAUUGUGAUCAACAGACCCAAUGGCUCGGACGUGUAUGCGGGGGUCUUGAAGGACUACACCGGCGAGGAUGUCACCCCUCAAAAUUUCCUCGCCGUGUUGAGAGGCGAUGAGGAAGCAGUGAAGGGCAAAGGAUCUGGAAAGGUCCUAAAGAGUGGCCCCCGGGAUCACGUGUUCAUUUACUUCACUGAUCAUGGAGCUACUGGCAUAUUGGCGUUCCCAAAUGAUGACCUUCACGUGAAGGACCUGAAUGAAACCAUCCAUUACAUGUACGAACACAAGAUGUACCAAAAGAUGGUCUUUUACAUUGAGGCGUGCGAGUCCGGGUCCAUGAUGAGGCACCUGCCCGCCGACAUCAACGUUUAUGCGACCACCGCUGCCAACCCCACGGAGUCGUCCUAUGCCUGUUACUAUGAUGAGAAGAGGUCCACGUACCUAGGGGACUGGUACAGUGUCAACUGGAUGGAGGACUCAGAUGUGGAGGAUUUGACCAAAGAGACCCUCCACAAGCAGUACCAGCUGGUGAAGUCCCACACCAACACCAGCCAUGUCAUGCAGUAUGGGAACAAGUCCAUCUCCACCAUGAAAGUGAUGCAGUUUCAGGGGAUGAAACACAAAGCCAGCUCUCCGAUCUCCCUGCCUCCGGUCAAACACCUUGACCUCACCCCGAGUCCUGAGGUGCCCCUCACCAUCCUGAAAAGGAAGCUGAUGAGUACCAAUGAUCUGCAGGAGUCCAGGAGUCUCGUGGAGCAGAUCCACAGGCAUCUGGAUGCUAGACACGUCAUCCAGAAGUCAGUGCAAAAGAUCGUCUCCUUGCUCGCGAGCUCAGAUGCUGAGGCGGAGGGGCUGCUGGCCGGGAGAGCCGAGCUCAGGGCGCAUGACUGCUACCAGGCAGCCGUGUCACACUUCCGCACGCACUGCUUCAACUGGCACUCCUCCACGUACGAGUACGCUCUGAGACAUUUGUACGUGCUGGUCAACCUUUGUGAGAAACCUUAUCCGAUUGACAGGAUACAGUUGGCCAUGGACAAGGUGUGCCUUCAUUACUACUGAAAGACCGCCUUCCUGAUGCUUCUCCACGUGUGAACACCGUCCCCCCACGAUGUGUGCUCACCCCAGUUGAAGAGGUGGAGCGGGAUGGAGGCCGCCCCCGGGGGCUCCACCAGGGGCUCCUGGGGGAAUGCGGUCGGGCCACCCCGGGCCACCCACCCUCCGGGCCCUUCCCCGGCCUCCUGCAGGUCCUGUACCGUUCCAAUAAAACUACACGUUGGCCUGGGUAAAGCUCCGUGUUGAGAAAGGUAUAUUUGCUUCUCGAGGAGGUUUUCGGGCUCCUUCGUUUUCAGGAGCAGGAAGUUCACGGGCUCUGAGAAGUCGGAAGCCGGAACCUCUGUCUGGAGUCUUCAGAGUGACCUUACCGAAGAGGGAUGGAAGCCCCAAAUGGAAAACUCUUUUUAGGAAAUACCAUGAUUUUUUUUAUUGUUUUUGUAUCUUAUUUAUCAACAGUGGGCAAGGCUUAAAAAAUAAAAAAGAUUUAUCACUGACCCCGAGCAUUAAUUUCAGGCCCCUGACUUAGCGCCCGAUGCUACUGGCCGCAGCCCCCCCACCCCGUGCUCCUGGACUUCGCAGCCUUCCGUGCCUUUGCAACCUGCUGGUCCUCUCGCCCCAGAGUGCCCUUCCCUUCAUGGGAUAGUUUCUUGGGGUGUGUCUGAAGUGCCACUUUGCCCUUGAACCUUCUUCAGCUUCCUCCUGUCCCCUCCCUUGGAAAGCCCUCUCCCCCGUCUGUCCGCCUUGUUUUGCACCGGUCACGGCUAGUGUCAGGUCUGCCUUUCCCAGAUGGGGAGGGGGUGUCUCAGCUCCUGGGGGAGCAGAGGCUGCCUGCUGACUGUUACCCUCGGCCCAGCGCCCCACACAGGGAGGUACUCACAAGGGGCUUCCUAAGGACGUGUCAGUAACGCCAGCUAUAUCCAUGCAGUGGAAUAUCCUAGAGAAAUAAAGAGGAACGAAGCGCUGAUGCCUGUUAUGGUGUUCAGCCAAGUCACCAGUCACAGAAGACCACGCAUUCUACGAUUCCAUUUACAGCCGAUGUCAGAAUAAGCCCGUCUAUUAUAGAGACGGGAAGUGGCUGAGGGCGCCAGGCCGCGGGGAGAGCGGGAAAUGGGGAAGCAGUGAUGGCUGGUGGGUACGCAGAUCUUUUGGGGUGACUGAAUGUUCUGAAACGGAUUGUGGCAAUGCUCACACAAUCCUGAAUAUACCAUAAGCCACCGAAUUGUACACGUUAAGUGGAGUUACGUGGUUUGCUCCUUACAUUUCAGUGCUGCUGCUUUUAAAAAUAAGCCAGAGCGCCCGAUGCGGUUUAGAUAGAUGCAUAGCCGCAGAGAGCGCAGGUGACAGCACCGACGCGCCCACCCUGAUGACCACCUGUCUUUACGUCGUGAAACGUGUCUUUGUAGCAGAGAUCGAUGCCUGUGAAGUUUGGAGUUAAGGACUAAAGUUGGGACACUGGCCAGUGGGGUUACGUCUGUGACAAAUUCCAGGUGAUAACGUCGGUUUCUAACGGGGCCACUUUUCAUCACAGUUUAUCUUUUCUCAGUGAGGUGGGCCUCCGGGUAAUCACAUGACUUCAGGGAAGAGAAAUCUCACUGUCCUAGAGAUUGGGGGGCGCUCUAGGGUUUUGGAUGACAAGGACAAGAAGCCUGCAGUGAGUUAUCACUAAUGUUCAGCGAUGGGCGAACCUGAGGGCUGGCUGAUGAUCAUAGAAAAGCAGGCACUGAAAGGAGAUUGUUAAAGGAAGUCUUUAGGAGGCCAAGAUGCAGGUGGUAAGAAGCUCUGUUCCUCUAUUAUGAAUUGUUAACGACCCGUGUGAUGCUGCUUCUCUGGGUCCCCUCUGUAGAAUGAAAGUAUACUUACCUACCUAUCCAAUAAACACAGAAGCUCGUAUAUUCGUGGUUCUAAAAGUUGAGAGCAGCUAUGUUUUGUUUCUCAAAUAAAUGACGAUUUCCUAA